CUAUUCUUGACCAUCUCUAACUUGUUGUUAUUUAAUUUUUAAUUUUACUAGAUUUUCAAUGAGAAAUCUCACAAAAUGCUUUCGCGAAAAUUACUAAACCUCCGCCUGGGCCACCUGGCACGCCGCUGGAGCAGCACAGACCCACUGAGCAUCCAGAAUGAGAAGCUCCAGGCGUAUUUGGAAUCCCUCCGCCAGGAGUACUAUGCCGUUCGGGUAAACGCUGCCGGAAACAGCAAAUCCUACGCCCGCCUCGCUCAGUUAGAGGGCGUGGUAAGCGCCUUAGAGCAGCGACGCGUCCUGGAGCGCCACAUCACGAGCGCCAAGGACAUGGAACUGGAGAAGGACGAGGAUAUGCGUCAACUGAUGCAAGAAGAAAACGAAGUCUAUGUGGAUCUGCUGAGCAAGCAGGAUCAUACACUGCUGCAGGAACUGCUCGCCCUGUCGGAUGACGAGGUGUAUCCGGCACUGAUCUUUGGCCUGAAUGCCGGCGCCGGUGGCCAGGAGGCCAUGCUAUUCGCUCAGGAGCUGUACGAUAUGUAUACCGGCUACUUCGAGCACAUGGGCUGGGAAUGGGAGGAGUUUGCCAGCGAGUCCACCGACAUUGGUGGUCUGCGUCAUGCCAGCCUGAUGGUGAGCGGUGGGGACGCCUUCCGUUGGCUACGCUUCGAGGCGGGCGUUCAUCGGGUUCAACGGGUGCCAGCCACGGAGAAGUCUGGCCGGAUGCACACCAGCACCGCCUCGAUCACCGUGAUUCCCCGGCCCGCCGACAUUCAGGUGCACAUUGCCGAGAAGGAUCUGAAGAUCGAAACAAAGCGGGCGAGUGGCGCUGGGGGCCAGCAUGUGAACACCACUGACUCCGCGGUGCGAAUUGUCCACCUGCCCACCGGCCUGGCAGUGGAGGCGCAAUCGGAGCGAUCGCAGCUAAAGAACCGGGAGCUGGCCAUGAAGCGCCUGCGUUCGCGGCUCGUGCAGCAGCAACUGGAGAGCGCGGAGGCCAGUAAAAUGGCCACCAAGAAGGCCCAACAGGGCAGCCUCAACCGCAACGAGAAGAUUCGCACCUACAAUUUUGUCCAAGACCGCAUCACGGACCACAGGAUUCAGGGCGGCACGCUGCACAACCUGGUCGGUUUCCUCAAGGGUGGUGAACAACUCAGUGGACUCAUCGAGAAGCUUCAACUAGAGCAGCGAAAGGAACGACUGAAGGAGCUACUGGAAACGUGGCAGCCACCAAAGGAGGCCGUUAAGAAGAACUAGAGCUAUUUUGUUGAUACAUUUAUACGUUUGCGAUUGAAAAAGAAGAAAGAAGAACUACUUUAUCAAAGGAAA